AUGCAUGGGCAAUCGCCGUCCUUCACUCAUCCUCGGAGAUCUUCCAGCACACUAGCAGAUCAUCGCAAGAACCCCCUGAACGUCUCCCAGCCCGCAGACGUGACAAGUUAUCAGCUGGAACGCAACAAUAAGGUGGUCCUAACUGGCCAACCUGGAAGCAUCUCUGAUCUGUUAAUGUUGAAUGAUGACAAUGGGAAUGUUGUCAUUGCUGGAAUUAAACAUGAUGAUCCUAUUGUCAGCAGCCUGGGACUAAAAGAAGGUGAUGAGCUUCUUGGAGCAACAAUUUUUUUUGAUAAUCUACAGAAGGCAGAAGUGCUUAAUAUUCUGAAAGCUGCAGAGCCUUACAAAGCUGGUCUACAACUGCAUACAAAAAGUGAAUCCACACUCUCUCAAUUUAGCCCAUACACUCUAAGAACAGACAAUGUGGCAGUUAAACCUUCAGCAUAUGAUGAUCUUUUCAACUCUAAGAUUCGUCGAUAUCUUAAAGGUUCACUUUCUAUGCAAGAUUUGUCCAAGACAGACACAGGUGGUGGACAGUUGAAAUCCAAAACACCAAGUUACACACGGAAUACAUAUAGUUUAUCAACUGAUUUGUCUGAGAUUCCAUCUUCAGAAUUUCCCACUCCUCAAGUACAUGGCGAAAUCAAUGCACCACACCUCAGUAUAAAAGAUUCCCGGAGUAAAGAACCUGGAUCACAAUUUCAGUUGCCAUCUUUUAAUGCUUCAGGAGAACAAAUACAUGUCCCAGAUUUAGAUACAGGUUUCAAAACACCUUCAGUAAACAUUUCACAUAAACAGAAUUUUGAUGUUGAUGUAAAUGUCCCCAGCAGGAAGUUUCCUAAAGCAGAAAUAGAUGGGAAAAUAACGGCUCCAGAUGUGGAACUAACAACAUCAACUGUGUCAGGCAAAGUGAAAACUCCUGAGGUAGAUGUAGCUGAACCAAAUGUUAAAGGGCAAAAGUUUAAAGUACCAUCACUUAACCUUUUUAAUUCUAAAAAAUCUGUUCAAAAGGCUCCAGAACCUGAAGCUAAUAUGCCACAUGUUCAGGUUCCUGAUGUUAAUAAGGCUCUCCCAAAAGCAGACAUACUCAAACCUGACCUAGAGAGUCCCAAAUUAAAGAGACCAGAAUUGAAUGUUGAUCUUCCAAAAAUCGGUGUAAAGGGUGCUAAAUUGCCUGAUAUACAAGUUCCAGAACUGAAAGGUCCAGAAGUAAAUAUUAAUCGUCCUAAAGGAGGCAUUAAAGUGAUAAGAGGUCCAGAUGAUAAUGUGGCUCUUCCUGACUUAGGUGUAAACAGCCCACAACUGAAAGGACCAGAAAUAGAUUUUGAUUUACCUAACAUUGGAGUAAAAGGCUCUAAAGUUCUUGGUGUGAAAGUUCUUCCUACAACUGAUAUAAACUUGCCAAAGUUGAAAAGUCCAGAGUUAAAUGUUAACGUACCAAAUGCUGAUAUACAAAUUCCAAAACUGAGAGGUGUUAAUGGAAAUAUUGAUCUUCCUAAAACUGAUAUCCAUGUUCCUAAAGGCACAAAUAAUAAUUUCGCUGACAUUAAAGUUCCAGAUGUAAAUAUUGGUUUUCCCAAGAGUAACAUACAAAUGCCAAAACUUAGGGGUCCAGAUGUGACUGUUGACCUUCCUCAAGCUGACUUAAAAAUUCCAAAGGUUAAAGGUCCAAAUGUGGAUAUUGAUCUUGCUAAACCUGCUCUUCAAAUGCCAAAGAUCAAAGGUCCAAAUAUUGACUUUCCAGAAGCAGACAUCAACAUUCCAAAACUGAAAACUCCAGAAGCAAAUAUAAACCUUCCCAAGGUAGGCAUAAACAAGACAAAGUUAAAGAGUCCAGAAAUUAAUGUUGACCUACCUACAGCAGAUAUAAAACAUCCUAAAAUGCUAAUUCCAGAUUUAAAUCUUGAUAUUCCAAAACUAAAAGGCCCAGAGGUUAAUGUUAAUAUUCCAAAGGCAGAUAUAAAAGCUCCCAAACUGAAAGGACCAGAUGUUGAUCUUGAUCUACCUAAAUUAGAUUUAAAGGCUUCCAAACUCAAAGAUCCAGAAGUCAAUGUUAACCUCCGAAAACCUGACAUACAUAUUCCAAAACUAAAUGGUCCAGAUGUCAGUGUUGACAUUCCAAAAGCUGACAUACAUAUCCCAAAACUGAGUGGCCCAGAAGUCAGUGUUGAUCUGCCUAAAGGUGGAAUAAAAAUGCCAACACUCAAAUCUCAAGAUGUGAACCUUGAUGUUCCAAAAACAGAGAUAAAGACAAAAUUUAAAAUGCCUUCAUUUAACUUGUUUGGAAGCAAAAAAUUUCCAGAUGCUACGCUAAAUCUAAAAUCUCCACAAGUUAAAACUGGAACACUAGAUUUAAAGGGACCCAAACUGGAUUUAAAUGCACCUAGCAUGAAUGUGUCAGGUCCAACACUAAAGGGGGAAAUUUCAAGUCCAGAGGCCAACAUUCAACUUCCAGAAGCAGAUGUAAAGGGUCCCAAAUUUAAAAUGCCUUCUUUCAACAUAAAUACACCGAAAAUGAAAACGCCCUCUUUCCAGAUGUCAGGGCCAAACACUCAGGCUCCUGAUGUAAAUGGUGAGGCUUCUUUGUCUACUCCAAAAGUAGAUCUCAAUGCACCUCAAAUAAACAUAAAAGGUCCUGAAACAGAUGUAAGUGCUCCAAAGUUUAAAAAACCAUCAUUUAAUUUCCCUUCAUUUCAGAUGAAAGGCUCAAAUGUAAAAACGCCUAACCUGGAUAUUGAUGCAUCUGCAAAAAGUCCAGAAUUAGAAGUGAACGUACCUCAAAUUAAUGUUAAAGGUCCAGACACAAAUUUAAAUGCCCCCAAAUUAAAACUGCCAUCAAUUCAGAUGUCUUCUUUCCAAAUGUCAGCUCCCCAGGUCCAAACUCCAGAUAUUAAUGCAUCUGCAAAAACUCCAGAAGUAGAUAUAAAUGCACCCCAAAUUAAUGUUAAAGGUGCAGACACAAAUGUAAAUGUCCCAAAAGUUAAAAUGCCCUCAUCCCAGCUCCCAUCUUUCUCUAUGUCUAAUCCAAAGGUUGUGACUCCAGACAUAGAUGUUGAUGGGUCUCUAAAAUCUGCACACCUUGAUUUAAAUGCACCCAAAGUCAAAGUUAAUGUUCCCGAAGCUCAGAUAAAAACACCAAAAAUUAAUGUUGAAAAAAAUGAGUUGGAAGUGGGUGGUUCUUUAAAUGCCCCAAAAGUUAAUGUUGAUGGUCCUAAAUUUGAUAUUCCUGCUCCAGAUGCAAAGAUAAAUGCACCCAAGUUUAAAAUGCCUUCAUUUCAGAUGCCCUCUUUUCAAUCAUCUUCUCCAAAGGUUCACAUUCCUGAUGUUGAUGCAUCUAUAAAUGGUCCUCAAGUAGAUGUUAAUGCUCCCCAAAUUGAUGUUGAAGACCCAAGCUUAAAUGUAAAUUCUCCUAAAUUUAAAAUACCAUCAUUUCAAAUGCCUUCCUUUCAAAUGCCUGGUUCAAAGGUUGAUGCUCCUAAUAUGGAAGUUAAUAGAUCAUUUAAAGCUCCAGAAGUAGAUGUAAAUAUACCCAGCACUGAUGUUAAAGGGCCAGAAAUACAAUUAAAAGCACCAAAAUUUAAAAUGCCAUCUUUUCAAUUGACAGGUCCUAAUGUCCAAACUCCAGAUUUAAAGGCAGAUGGAUCUUUAAAUCUACCAAAAGUUGAUUUAAAUGCUCCACAGAUAAACAUGAAAGAAACAGAGCAAAAAAUAAAUCAACCCAAAUUUAGAAUGCCAUCAUUCAAUCUUCCGGGCGUCAAUAUCGAUGAACCUGAUAUAAAUGCAGGAGGAAAUAUAAAAAAUCCAAAUAUUACAAUCCCUCAAAGUUCUCUUGGCAAUAAAGAUGUAAAGAUAGGUGCACCAAGUGUAGAAGUCAAGGAAUCCAAAUUUAGAUUUCCAACCUUGCGUAUAUUUCACCCUAAAGGCAAUUUGCCAGAUGUUGAUUUAGGUUUAGAGUCUGCAAAUCUGGAUGUCCCUUCUCUUCCAACAGUACAAGGCAGUGCCACAUUACCAAAUAUGAAUAUUAGUGCACCAAAUGUCAGUGUUAAGGCUUCAGAUAAAAAGAUGACUAUGCCAAAAUUUAAAAUGCCAACCUUUGGAAAAUCUCGUUCAGAGGACUUUGAUGUUAAACUUAAAGCACCUGAUGCAUCAUUGCCAAAGACUAACAUAGAAGUUCAAAGCCCAGAGGUGAAUGCAAAUUUACCGAGCAUUAGUGUAAAACCUCAAAAAUUUAAAACUCCUGAUGCUGAUUUGAAAGUUCGAGUUCCAGAGCUGGAAAGUGCAAUCAAUGUACCAAGUGUUCAAGCAAAAGCUCCAAAAUUAACCAUGGAAAACAUUGAUGGAAAUAUAUCAUUACCUUCUGCUAAUAUAUCUGGUCCUAGAAUUGACAUACCUGACAGUAAAGUAAAAGCACCGGGUUUCAAGAUUUCCUCACCUCAAAUAAGUGCACCUGACUUCGCUAUGGAAUUACCUUCUGCCAAUGUCAAAGCACCAAAAAUAAAAGCCCCAAAUGUCAAUAUUUCUGGUCCAAAGCUGGCACAUGAUGGAUUAGAUGAUAUAGAUGUAGAUAUAGAUGGCCCAUCUACACAUGUAAAUGAGCCAAAGUGGAAGAAACCAUUCCCAGGUCAAACAGAGGGCCCAACUAUUGAUACGGGCAUUCCACAAAUGCGAAAUGACCUUAAAAUGUCACCACCAAAGAUGCAGAGUUAUCAGAAUGAUGCCACCCUUGAUAUAAAUUUGCCUUCUGCACAAGUGAAUGCACCAACAUGGAAAAAACCUUUUUCUGGGCAAACAGAAGAACCAGGUGAGGAUAUAAAAGUUGAUGUGCCUCCUGCGAACAUAGAUGUAGAUCUAUCUUCUCCUCUAAAAAAUAACAAUCUUCAGUCAAAGUUCUCUUCCAUCUUUCCUGAAAAUAUGUUCUCCAUUCCAGAUGUCUCCUUUGACUUUUCUCCCACACACCCAGGAAAAUCAUAAUUUUUUAAUGGU